CUGCGAGCUGGGAAGUCUGUCCACGGGCUUUGCUGAUUCGAUCUCGAUUCGAUAGAUUGUUCAUAAAUUUAUUCACUAGCUCUACACCCGAGGGGACUCAUUGCCAUCUCGUAAGCGAUUGUCGCAACGGACCCCGGCUCGUGUUGGCUCUACUCCCAGGGCUACUUCUCUUAGAGGCUUCACUUUUCAUUCACUCCGGAGAGAAGAUCAACUCAAUUGCGGCUCAUCCGCCAAGAUAAGAUGGCCUACACCGAUGAUGCUGUGAAGGCAAAGCUCUCCGCGCUCAACGAGACGCAGGAGGGCAUUGUCACCGUCGCGCAAUGGGUCAUGUUUCACAGGCGACACGCCGAUAGAACCGCGCAGCUUUGGCUGCAGAAACUCCGUGAUUCGCCUGCCCCGAAACGAUUGAACUUGGUAUACCUUGCCAACGAGGUUGCGCAACAGUCGAGAGCCCGACGGAAGGACGACUUCCUCAUUGCCUUCUCCCCGGUCAUCGCCGAAGCCGUGGCCACCGCAUACAAAGGUGCUUCCAACGACAUCCAAACAAAGCUUCGACGGGUGGUAGAAGUGUGGAGGCAAAGAUCGAUCUUUGAACUACCUAUUCAGGAAGCGGUAGAGUCCCGUGUGGACGAAAUCGACAAAACUCGCUCCACUGGCAAGAAACCGCUGCUGGGAGGCUCGCUGUUUGCAGCUCCAUCUGGGUCAUCCACCCCCGCGGAGCUUCAACCUCUUGCGCCUUUGCAAGUUGCCGUUUCGAAGCAUACAGUGGCCUCCGGUGCCUCUGCUACAACCGCAAACGCAGAGUAUGAAAAGCUGAAUGACCCCAACACUCCCCUGCCGACGCCUCCGGUGUACGCUGCACGUCUCAGCCAAUUGUUGAAGGCACUCGCGAACGCCGAGAGCUCGGUUUCCGAGGUCAUCAAAUCGCGAACCGCCCUCAUCGACGGCCUCGAGAAACUUCUGGAGACCAACCGUUCGGCCCUGACGAAGGAGCAGUCCCUCGCUGCGCAAUUCUCCGAGAGAAAGCUGGAAACCGAGAGAAAGAAAAGAGAGGUGGAAGAUAGCAUCAUGAGAGGUCUGUCCGCUGAGAACUCGCCCGCUGCUACCCUCGGCGACUCCGGGCUUGGAGGCGAGGCCGUUCCUCGUCCGGAGGUUGAAGCUCUGACUCCACCGCCCGUCGAAGCUCUGACCCCCGUCGGGUCUCCCAAGGAGCAGCAGGAGCCAACUCUUCCGGGCACAUCUCUCGAUCCUCAAGCAUCCGCAGGAUUCACCUUGGGGGGCUUCACAUACCCCCCAGCAGCGGCAGAGCCUUCUUUCCCUAGCGCCGACCUGCCCUCGGCUUAUGCCGACCCCCAGGACCCCAACGGAUUCUACGCCAAAAAGCGAAAAGUUGACCACAGCGAAGAGGAUUACGCCAAAUUUGCAAGCGGGGAGCUGGAUGCCGAUGUUGCUGAACUGUUGCAGCAGGAGGGUGGAGCGCCGCAGCAGUAGAGCAGCGGUUAUUUAUUGUCAUUCAUGGCGGGGUAGUUUGCCAUGACUAUGGGAGAGUGUCCUUGAAUUGCCUUUUUAUUUCUAUCUCUGGUUCUACUUGUCAUCCUCUUGCAUGUAUUUCGUUCUACCGGAGCGACAUUGGUUUUUGAUUUGCGUUGCAAUAUUCAUCCUUCAUUUCCUGCGCGGAGGCUGGUUCGUGCCGGGUUUCGUUAUGAUAAUUGCUUGGAGAUAUCAAGUGCCAUGUGGUCAGAUUUCACAUACUUUGCCUGUCUUGUCGGGACGCAUAUUCAUUUAGGUAUACCUACAUCUCUAGCUUACGGAAUCGUUG